CCGCUCCCGACGCCGCCGCCGCAGCCGCCGCCUCCCCUCUGCCUCCCGGUGGCUCCUUGCUCUCCUUCCAUCUCUCUCGCCCCCUCUCCCUCCGUCCCGUCCUCGCCGCUCCCCUCACCCCGCCUCUCUCCCCCUCCCCCAGCCCCUCCUCUCCUCACCCCACCCGGCCUCCCUCCCUCCCUCGCCCGCCCGGCGCUCGCAGAGCCGACACCAGGGGGGCUCUCGAUGUAGCACCAUGACAGGCAUCGCCGCCGCCUCCUUCUUCUCCAAUACCUGCCGAUUCGGGGGCUGCGGACUCCACUUCCCCACCCUGGCCGACCUCAUCGAGCACAUCGAGGACAACCACAUCGAUACAGAUCCACGGGUUUUAGAAAAACAAGAAUUACAGCAGCCAACCUACGUUGCCCUGAGUUACAUUAAUAGAUUCAUGACAGAUGCUGCCCGCCGAGAGCAGGAGUCCCUAAAGAAGAAGAUUCAGCCGAAGCUGUCACUGACUCUGUCCAGCUCAGUGUCUCGAGGGAAUGUGUCCACUCCCCCACGCCACAGCAGUGGAAGCCUUACUCCCCCCGUGACCCCACCCAUCACCCCCUCCUCUUCAUUCCGCAGCAGCACUCCGACAGGCAGCGAGUAUGACGAGGAGGAGGUGGACUAUGAGGAGUCGGACAGCGAUGAGUCCUGGACCACAGAGAGUGCCAUCAGCUCCGAAGCCAUCCUCAGCUCUAUGUGCAUGAAUGGAGGGGAAGAGAAGCCUUUUGCCUGCCCAGUUCCUGGAUGUAAAAAGAGAUACAAGAAUGUGAAUGGCAUAAAAUAUCACGCUAAGAAUGGUCACAGAACACAGAUUCGUGUCCGCAAACCAUUCAAAUGUCGCUGUGGGAAGAGUUACAAGACAGCUCAGGGCCUGCGGCACCACACAAUCAAUUUCCAUCCCCCGGUGUCGGCUGAGAUCAUCAGGAAGAUGCAGCAAUAACAUGCUGGUCAUAACUGUGCCAAGAAAUCCUCACCAGCAGUUGCUGAUUUUGAAAACAGCCACCUUUUUUCAGGGGAAGCAUUCAGCAACCCUUUAAAGAAAAAGAAUUAAAUGCAUGCUUUAAAUUUUUUCUGUAAUUUUGGAAUGAUGUAUCUUUGUAGAGUUAAUGAUUUUGUACAUUUGCACAUGUAAUCAUCAUACCCAUUUUCAUUACUUUGAUAUAAGGUGCUAAACAAAACAAGCUCUAGGUUCUUCAGCACAUUUCCCCCAAAACAAAAUAAAAUCGAGGGCAUGUUGCAUAUUGUAGAAUUGUAUUGCAGUGGUAUCAACUGGGGGGAGGAGGGGCUGGCACUGAGAUGUUUUUUCAAGAUUGUAAUGUGAUUGACGUUUUCAACACAUCAACUCACAUAUGUUCAAAACCAAAAUAAUACCUUCAUUAUCAAACUGGUUACCAUGCCUUACAUAAUGGAGUUAGUAUUUGUGAGUAGAAAGACUUUAGGUAAUGGAAAUAUAAAUAAGAAAGAAUGUUUAACAUAAUAUGCUAAAAAUAUUUUCAUAUUUAAAUAACAUACAUAAAAGGUGUGCUUUCUGUGUUUUAUAUUAUCUUGCAAAUCCUUUUGCCCUUUAAAAAGCUGAAAAUCUUGCCAUCUGACUUACUAGUCAUUUUAGUGUUAUAAAUGGUAUUUUGUACAAAAUAGUCUAUUCAGUUCAUUCAUUCAUUUAAUACACAUUCAUUGAGUGCCUGCUGGAUACAAGGGAUUCAAUUUAUGCCUAUUGAUAUCUGCGGACCAAGAUACCCACUUAGUGAAAUACUUUUCCCUGAAAUCUGUUAGGAAACACUUUGAAAUACUUAAGUGCAAAUUUUGUGUGUGUGAAAUUUAGUUAUAUCUUCAUCUUCAGAUGAAGUUUUAAAGCACUUUGUAGUUCUCUAUUGCCAACAAUUUAAUGUUUAUGUGUUGCCAAUUCUUGCAACCACUGCCCUACCAAACCUGUGGGUUGCAAAUCAGAACUAAAAUUCUAAGCACGUUUCAAAGAGGAACAUUUUGUUAAGACCCCUGUUGCCUCCUCGUCAUGCUCAUUUUUGACUUAUUUUUAAAAGGCACUUUUCUCAUCACAUUGUAGAGAGGUCUGCGUUCUCAUUGGAAAUGUCUGUUUUUAGCUUUAUAAAACACUUUGCUGAAAUAUGAAAAUGAGCCUUAUUGACAAUUAAGUGCUUCUUGCAGCAGGUGGUCAAAGAAAAGCGUGACUAAUAUGACCCGUUAGAGUAACCUACAUCUGGACCAUUCCUGAAGUUUUUCCUCACCGACAGUACCAUCAUGCCUUGAGUGUUCUUUUCUCCCAAGUGCUAUUCCUUAAACAUGAGAGUUUACCAGUUGCCUAAUUAUGCAAUAAAAAAUGCUUCAAGAUAGCUAACUGCCCAUAAAACAGACUCAAAUUGCUUAUUAAAAAGUUUCUUCCCAUGUUCCCAUUUGAUGAAAAGUCUUUCUUACGUAACAUAUAGCUGGGAAGCAGGGGUCCCUCCUCAAUUUUCAAACAUUUUGAAAGGAUGACAAUUCUGUUAGCCAGAUGAGUAAACCUCUGUAUUCAUAAGUUCUGAAUCUCUCAUAAUGAGGGAUUUUAAAGUAUUUAUAAAGACACUGCCCUCUAAAAAUUUCCUCAGAUCUGAAGUAUGGCCUUGGUCCUGCAUAUACAGUGUUAUCCUAUGUUUAAAAGGGUGAUCCAGAUAUGAGACGCAACUAGUUGGUGCAUAAGAAGGCCCCACUUGGCUAUUUCAUAUCUACCUACAAUCGACCAAAAAAAUUUUUUUAGGCCAGCAAUUAUUAUUUAGCUUCGCUCCUUCUAGUGCAAGAAACUGCAGGCUGGAUCAGUAGUUCAACAGCUAAACAGUCAUACAAUAGUCAUUGUGCAUGUUACAUUUCUUUCACUGAUAAAUUCCAAUUUCUAUUUACUUAUUCAUUGUGACAGUAUUACUAAACAGGUAAGGAUGGGAAUAUUUUGUUAUACUGUGUAUAGUGAAUGUAUUGUACUGUGUCUGUGAAAACUGUGCUUUAAAUUAUAUUUUCAUAUGUUUUGUUGGGGACAGAGCACAUUAAGUCUGAAAGCAACAGAGGUUUGUUUUAGAACUGAAGGCAAUUUAAUCAAAAUUCCUGUCAAGAAAAGCUGCUUAUAAAUGUAAAUGAAAUCACAUUGAAAAUAAACUGCCUCUGACCCAAAAAUAAAUAUGGCUCUUUAUUUCCCUUAGUGUCUAUUAUGAAAACCAGUAUCAAGUUUACCGCGGAAAUUAAUUAAUACAUCCAUUCGGUUCCUCGUUCUAAGGCUGUUCAGCUGAUGCACGUAGACGUUAUUCCCUUACAUUUUUUGCUUAGAUUAGCCUGUAUUACUUUUCUAUCAAUAACAAGCUUGGAUUUAAACUAUUUUAAAAUAAGUUCUAGGCCAGUAAGAUCAACAGUGUCUACUACUGUAAUAUUCAAAGGAUACUUUUGGAUUAACAUGGUCCAUAAUUAUUAACUGCAACAAAAAUGCUCCCAUUGUUGAACAUAUUUUACCGAAGUAUAUUCUGCUCGUCAUAUAACCUGUCAGGAAGCUGAAACUUGGAGUCUCCAAAGCUAUUGCUUCCUAGGACUGCUGUGUCCUAACAGCUGGCAUACGAAUGCCUAAUACUGGUUUGCCCUAGACUCAAACCUUUUAAAGGAUUCUAACAAUAUACAAACUCUGCUUCCACAAACAAAUACAAGUGACAUAUGCUGCAGUUCACAUAGAGCAACCCAAAAUGCCCCCAAGUCUAAAUAUUAGGUUAACAUCUUCAAUAGCUUAGUUUGCUCAGAACAAAUGUAAACUAUUUUGAUAACUACAAAAGCAGCAAAAUCAAAAGCUGGUACUUUUUAAAUUAUUCACAUGCACAUUGUAAAAGGGAAAGGGAAUACAGUUCAGAAGAAUUUUAAAGGCCCAAACCAAAAAAAGAUGUUCAAGAUGCUAGAUUAAUGAAAAACUCACAAAUAAAUUUGACAACAAUGAAAUUAUAGAUCUUGGAAAAUGUGUCCUCGUUCUUUAAUGUUAGUGAGAGUUCUAUACAGCACAGACAUAACUGAAGAAACACAUUACUUUGAUUUGGGUUUAUGCAUUGUACUUUUAAUCACUUACUGAGAAUAUUUCAAAUUUAUAUUCUCAUCAGGAAAAUGUAAAAAAGAUACUGAUAUAUAUUCUGUGAUUUUAUGCCACAAACACCCCUGUUAUGAGAUCAUUUAAUAGGAAAACAAUGAUAUUGACAUCUCUUGUUCCAUUUUCCCAUUAGAUAUAUACAUACAACUUUAAGAUAGUUUAAAAAUAAUCAUUCAGGUUAUUCUAAAAUUUUGUCAUAAAAUUAGCAAAAUAUGCCUUCUGUUAAUUGCUAAAACCAACAUUUCACAUAUAAAAAGCAUGUGAUCUCAUUCUACAUGCAGCUCCAUU